GUGAUUUGGAUGAUGCGGAGUUUUUGCUGUAAAAACAUAUUCAGUUUCAAAGAUGGCGUCCACGAGUAAAUUUGAUGAUUUCGUCGCAUGUCCGUACAACAAGGCACAUAUAGUGCUCCGCGGACGCCUGACAAAACAUUUGGUGCGCUGCAGCCGUAACGCGGAGAAUUUAAAUAAAUUGCUGACCUGCCCCUUCAACGAGAACCAUCGCUUCGAUGCACAACAGCUGCAGGCGCACAUAAAAAUAUGUCCGGAACGUGCCAGCUUGGAGCGGCAAGCACAGAAAGACGAGCAGCCAGCGGUGGAUGCGCCUGCAACCCAAAUGUUGAUAGAAUGUGAAGAGGAUUGGGACAACGAACCGGAUGUGCCCACCUACAAUCCGAGUGCCUACUGUGAGGAGAAUUUGGUGAUACGCUCAAGUGGCCUACACGGGCAAUCCAAGAGUGUACGCCGAAAUUUUAGGGCCCAGGAACGACGCCGUUUCGCUGAGAAACAGUAAAAUCCAGAAUAUACAUAUAGAUUACAUGCAUGCUUUUAAAAACGAUUAAAUAACUAUGUUUUAUAUUUAA